AUGUCAUACGUGGCGCACCUGCUCCCCAUGCCGAUCGCUGCGGUUCCCGUCAGGCAUGGCCACGCCAAGUGCAGUGGCACUGUUCGCCCUGCAGGCGACGACUUCGAAGUUGGUCCAAAGCCCACAGCGGCAGAAUUCCACCAGAUGCAAGUGGAGUUGGAGCGGUCCAGAAGACAGCUCGCAGAGGAGCGGCAGGUCACCCAGAAGCUGCGAGAGCUCCUUGUCAUGCAAAAUGCAGAGUAUUCGCAAGAGAUCACCUCGUUGAACAAUACCAACGAGCACCUAAGAGGCGAAAUAUUAGACCUGAUCCAGGACUUAGAGGCCACGCUCUGCGGCCAGCCAGGACAGACCCCAGCAGCGGAGAAUCUCGCCACCAUGAAGAGGGCCGUUUCCAAGAGAUGCCUGACCAGCGAACCGAUCCCACAAGAGACCGGAUCACUGAAAGGCUUGGCCAUCGACGGUGCCAAGGAGGGGACCGAGAAGUUGUCAUGUAUCAUCCCGAAUUGGAAUGAAAUCAUGAGACAUAUUGGUGGGCCGGCAGCCAAGGAGGACGACGGACACAGCAUCGGCAGCCUCCUGACGCGCUCCGGCUCGUCCGUGUCGAGCACGCCUUCCCUCGAAGAUGUGUAA